GAAGAGUAAUUUGCCUGAGAAAUGUGCAGGCCCUCUCACACCUGGUACAAUGUUUCUUAUGAAUACUUCUCCUUUGGUAGCCCUCCAGAGAAAAUGGGAGCCUUUUGCCCAGGCUAGGGCCUGUCGAUACCCUGUCUGCUUCUCAGAAUCUGAAGAUGACAUUGCUAGAACAUCUGUAAGCACCAAAGUGCAGAUGAUCAUAAACAACCUGCAAAGUGAAGAGUCGUCUUUGGGCACUACCAGUGAAUAUGGCUGUAUUUUGCAGAAAAAAAGGAAGGGAGUGAAAAUCAGAGCUCCCAAGCGGAGGGGCGAUGGCAGGAUGCUACCACAGGGAUGUGCUAAGUAUGCCCCGCGCAGUUGCCCUGCUGACUCUGAUGGCAUGGAAGUAGAAGAGAGUUCAGAGUUUGGGCCCCUCUCGUUGAAUUCUGACAGCGAUGAUUCUGUUGAUCGAGAGAUAGAGGAAGCCAUUCAAGAGUACUUGAAACAAAAAGGCCAGUGCAUCCCGCCCUUGCCAAACAAUGCUAAGAGCUUGCCCAGCACCAAUGCAGGCAAAAGUCUCAGAAAGGAAGAUUCCUCCUAUGGUGUAGCUUGCAAUGUGUUCCCUGGCAGUGUAAAAACAGAUGUGAUUCCUCAGCCCCUUGCUCCUGACUUUCUGGGAGAUGAUGCACUCCAGUGGGUCCCCUCCCCUUGCAGUGUGAGCAGUGAUGACUCAUUUGAACAGAGCAUAAAAGCUGAGAUAGAGCAAUUCUUAAAUGAAAAGAAACAGCGAGCAAGAAAGCAGAUUGCGUCUGGGGGGAGUAAGAGUCUGGAUCAGAAAGAGGUGCAAGAGAAGGCAACCAGUCAGAAAGGUGGAACUAGCAAAGCAAGCCCACAUUCUUUAAAGCGAGGAGGCAAGGCGUACUUUUUAAGAAGGCAUCCUGAACUGCAGAAUACCAGCUCUCCUCCUAAAUGUUGGAUGCCAAAAACAGAAGAGCUUGUGAAUGUCCGAAAAACAAACCUAGUGCACCUUAGCACUCCUGGUGCUGGCCAUUCUUGUAUACGGGAGCAAAGUAAUGGUAGUGAGAUCAGGCAGAGGUUUUGGAAAGCCAGAGGAGAGCAAGGCCCCGAAAGUGCAAGUUUAUCUGAUUCAAGUAGCGAUGAUGGCAUUGAAGAAGCAAUUCAGCUUUACCAGCUAGAAAAAGUCAGAAAAGCAGCAAAUGCUCAAGUCGGCUGUGUUCCUUCUCAGAAGGAAGAGUUUGGGGCUGGGGGGCUAGCUGAUAUAUCCGCAAGCCUGACAAUCCAUUCAGAGAAAAGUGCCUUGCCAGAAAACCCCAGAACGGCCCUAAGCAGCAAGAGGAAACAGACCAGCUCAAAGCUUACAGAGUUAAAUAGGACCGGUGCCAUCUGUAAUAAUGAGCUGGGGAAAGGCAGACGUUGCAGUUCACCAGCCAAUGAUGUUGCCAGUGGUGCCGUCCCAUCACAGACCUGCAGAGCAGACACGGCAGCUGAGUUGAUGUGUGCAGAAGCCAUCCUGGACAUCUCCAAAACCAUCUUGCCACCCUCUGUGACAAGUGACGGCAAAUCCGUCCUGACAGACCCUUUCUUCCACUUCCAUAGUGUCUCUCCUCCCCACCAAGAGAGUGACAGUAAUGCUGUGGACAGUGAUGACAGCAUUGAACAAGAGAUAAGGGCUUUUUUGGCUAUCAAAGCACAGGCUGAACAUUCGAUCACAAAAUCUGGUGAGGCUUCAAAUGCUGCCCCAAAUACUCUGUCUUGUGGGCAUCUGGAUGAUCGAAUCAGGAGUCCUAAGCAGUCCUUCCCCAAUACAUUAAAACUGCCCCUGGAUCACAAAAGGCAGCUUAAAGAGGAAAGCAGUGUGUCAAGACAGAGACAGGAUGAAAAAAUGGCACUGUUAAAGGUGGACUGUAGCCAUCUGGAGACUGAUAAACAUUCAAAACACUUUGCGUCCCAGAAGGAGAACUUUCUAAGCAAUGUGGAAAACGGUGAAGCGGGCAGGGCUGCAAGGCAGCCAGGAGUCACUCCAGCCGCUGCCAGUACUGUGGAUUUUGUGACCCCUCUGUCACAAGGGCUUCUUGGCACAGGGGGGCUUCUAAAAAAUGCAAGACAACCUCUGCAGAAAUGCAGCAUAGAUGACAAGAGCAGCUCUUUGGACAGUGAUGAGGAUCUGGAUACAGCCAUCAAAGAUCUCUUAAGGUCAAAACGGAAGCUAAAGAAAAAAUCCAAAGACCAAAACAUUCAGUGCAAGAAGAAAGUGAGAUUUGGUAAUGCUGAGAUGCAUAUUUUUGAGGAGAAACUUGAAGUCCUCCAAGAAAAAGCCUGCAAAUCCAAAAAUCCUGCCUUGCUCAAAAGCUGCCUCAUUAGAUCCAGAAGAAACAUUUGGGAAGAAAGUGCACAGACGAGGUCCCCGUACAUGGUGAAAGGAAGACCCAGAAGGGCAGAGACCACAGAGCUUGCAUUAACGUUUGAAAAGAGAUGCCAAGCGAUUUCUGGGCCAGACAUCCAAGCAGCAGCAGUAAGUGAUCAGCAGCAUUGGAUCGACGUGCCCAUGAUGGAAGAUAGCAGUUCUUUGGAUAGCGAUGACAGCAUUGAACAAGAAAUUCAGAGGUUCUUGGCAGAAAAGGCCAGAGAUUCCUCAAGUACUGUGGAAAUAGUUGGGGCGUUUGAAAUUGUUGACACUGUGAAAGCUGCUCAGCCCCAAACUGCUCAGCCAAAGUUGGAAGGUGGAGGCACUGCCUUGUCAAAGCGGAAUAAGAGGGCAAAGAAGGGACGCCAACCAAUGACUGAGUUGAGAAGCCCUCUGAGAACUGAAAGAGAGGGUGCAGAAAACAUCUGUCGAACUGGUGAGCAAACCGUAACCUGCAGAGAAGACAUUCACAGCCAAGCAAUAGUGAAAUUACAGGGAAACCAGGGAGUUGUGCGAGCUAAAGGUGCUGGUUUAUCUGUAAAAAGAAUGGGAAUAGACAGGAAGGGAGUCUCUGAUGGCAAGCUCGUUCAGAGAAGCCUUUCAUCUUGGAAAGAAAAGGCUGAGAAUGGCAAACCGCAGAAUUAUUUUAAGCCUAUGUCACUUUUUAGAAGAAAGAGCUCACGUGAGUUCAAAAUUUCCAGCAAGUUUAUAACAGGUUUCAAAAGAGCCCAGAAGAAGGAAAAAUCUGUGCUUCUGAGAAAAAGUCAGAGCAUAGAAUUGUCAGUACCCCAGAGCAGAGUGUUCAGGAGGCAGGAAGGUUUGCUAGGCGAGAUACGUAAAGCUCCUGCACAGAAAGGGAUCCUGGGUUCCAAAAGCAAGACAGAAAAGGCAGACUUGUAUCAAAGAUGCAUGGCAGGGGAGUUCUAUCCCCCUGUAGCAGAAAAAAUGGAGGUUGCCCCUUUAAGCAUAGGAGUGGCCAGUCCUGCCAAAGCCAAACCUUUUGGUGAGGAAGAGCAUUGUUCCCUUGCAGAUGCAAAGCAAAGCUCUCUUCUGCAGGAGCCCAGUGUGGACGGUGCCAAGGGGAUUGAUCUUAGUUCAUCUCCAUCUCAGAUCCCUGUAAAGGAAAAGGAGGGGAGAGUCCAAGGUCACAGCAACAGUUGGGAGGGACUCGGUGCCCCUGAGUCGUGUAACCCACCGUUGAGAGAGAGACUGUUGUUGACCCGCCAAGACAGAAUAGCUGAGAAGCCAACUCAUAAAGAUUUCGAGGGAGGGUCUGCAGAAUUUAUAGAUGUACCUGUGGUGGCACACGCCCCUUGUCUGGAGAAAAACAAGCCCACCAGUUUGUGCUUGGUGGAAACGUGACACUGUUUUGAAUUCCAGGAUGGAGGGCUUAACAGAGCAAUAACACAUAAAGGCAGGAGGAAGGACAAUCAGAAAACAUGUUCUAGUCAGGGCUGUUUGUCUUUUGGAACUGGUACAUGUAAGUAAUGGACGCCGGUCAUCAAACGCCUGAGAGACGUCAUGAAAUGUCUGAAUGCUCGCAUGUGUCAAAGCACCCAUUCACAGAAGAGGCUACCCAAGCAUUAGUUGCCCUGUUUUUUUUCUUCCUCGAGAGGGGCAGGCAGUUAUGUUGUAAAUCUGCAUUUGGGGUGGUUCUCUGCUCACCCCCAAAGCAGAAGCAGAACAACCAGUUCUCAAGGGAUGUUCUUCAGUGGGCUUCUGCUGGAGUUGCUGCUCUGAACUUGCCAUGUUGGCGUUUGCGAGCAUGCUGAGAACAGUGCCACAAGAGAGGGGGAUGUGGCACUAAGUGCUGGGACAAGGCAGACUUUUGCAGGUGUUUAUUGAACCAGAAAAGGGUUCAGAACGCUACUGCGUUUUUCCUCCGGGGGGGGGGGUAUUGCUUAGCAAAUGGGAAGUAUUCAGGCUGGCAUCACCACCUUAGUUAAUCAAAGGAAUCUUUGUGAAAUAAAACACAAAUUCUAUUUUGAAAUACCCUCAUUGCAUUGAAAAUUCAGUACAAAAAUUAGCAAAUUCUUGCAAAACAAGGGAGUUCUCAUUUGAUUGCUUAUCAUUUUGUUCACUUUAUUCAAAAUCUGGAUUUUGUAGCCCAGAGUGUGAAGAUUUCAAAUACAGCCACUUGAGCUUCUGGGCUCCAUCUUGCUUCCACUUCUGAAUGAAGCCCCUCAAUUUUAGCAGCAUUGAGUUAAGGGGCAUUCAUUCUGAUAUUUUUUUGUUGCCCAGGAAGGAAAGCACAUUUGUAGUCCCUGAAAACACAUUCUGCAGUCCUAAAACCCCCCAGUGAUUUUGGGAAAUGAAGAAGGCGGCUGUCGUCGUGUCCUCUCCCACUGAAACCCCCCAAACAUAUGUGAGACAUACAAUAAACUCAAGGUUUGGCCAGUUAUUCCUGUUUGAGAAAUUCACAUGGCAAGUAGCAAUGGAUUUGUCCCAUGUGAAUGUUCUUACAAGCCUCAUUUGGUCCUGUCCCAGAGAGUUCAAUGUAUAUCUGGUUCCAUGAGGCUCUGCCUUUCAUUACAUUCCUGAUCUGGAGUGAGCAUAACCUGUUUGCUAUAACAAAAAUGUUGUGUGUGAUGUUACCAUGUUAGUUGUGUUCUUUUGGAUAACUUGUGCCAGCAAGAGUCGGGUCUGGAGGCUGGUGGGCAGGUCCAUCAGCUGGCAUCCAGACUUGGCUCAGACUCUCUGUCCUUCCGGUGGUUGGGGCACCAGCAGGAAGGGUGGGUUGAGGCUCGGGUGUGUGUGGGUGUGUGUGUGUGCAUUGCUGCUGCCUCCUCUGGAGUUCUGUGAAAUCUCAGAGCUGGCUCUGCCCUGCUUCACAAGAGAAGCAGCAUUCAGUUUGCACUCACCGUUUUUGUUGAAGACAUCCGAUGGGAGAACGAGCACUGUCACUGGCUUUCUCAGCAAGGUGUCUCUUUAACAAAGACGUGAACUAUUCCAGGCAGAAAGAUGCCAUUUGUGUUUUGUUCCAUUUACUUGUGUUGUACACACAAAAAUCAUUCUGUUCUCUGCUGAACAGCAGUUACAAUAAACAUGACAAAUUGCUUUUC